AUGGAGUUGAAAGGUGAGGUGUUCGAAAGUUGCGAGAGCUAUCCGGAUGUCGUCGAGUUCUGUCCACGCGGAGACGAAGCUUGCCUUGCCUGGGGAACGUAUGAGCACGUGGAGGAAACCAAUCAGCGCAAGGGAGCUCUUGUUUUUGCAAGCAUCGAACAAGCUGACCAGUCGCACCAGUAUUCGCUUCGCCGCACGCAGAUUAUAGAAAGUCCUGGUGUGUACGACAUUGCCUGGGGCCCUGACGGCAGUGUUCUAGCGACUGCUUGUGCGGAUGGAUGUGUGAGGCUCUGUUCCCAGAGUCGUGGGGUGCUGCACGAGGCUUCCAACGUAUCCGAGCAGAUAUUGACGCACCUUUGCUUUGGAGCUGGUGGAGAUGGACUGGCUGCAGUGGGCCAGGAUGGUAAAUGCUACCAUCUGAAGCUGGAUGCGUCGGGCUUGCAGAAACUGGCAGAGAAGCAGCAGCACGAUCUGGAAGUGUGGUGUGUUGACGUGUCUCCUGCAGAGCCUGAUUUGGUCCUGUCUGGUGCAGAUGAUGGCCAUGUAGCCGUUUGGGAUAUCAGAGAACCAGACACGCCUGCCCUUCGCAAUCGCCGAAGUCACGAGGCUGGUGUGACGGCUUUGGCUUUCAAUCCCUUCAACCCGUUGCAAGUGGCAUCUGGCAGCUAUGACGAAAGGCUCCGGCUCUUCGAUCUGCGAAAGCUGACGGCUGAACCUGUGGCAAAGACAGGUCGACUCGGUGACGGAGCAUACCAGAUCGCAUGGCAUCCUCGGUGGCGGGGCAUUCUUGCCGUCGCUGCCAUGCGCAGUGGCUUCCCUGUGUUCCGUCUUGAUGAUGCAGGCUUUGAGUGUCUGACUGCCUACGCCGCAGAUGCGCCAGAAGGAACGCACGGCUCAUUGGGCUACGGAAUUUCCUGGGAAUUUGCAGCUUCUUCGGAGAUGUCUUUGGCGGCUUCAGCGUCGUUCUACGACCGCAGUGUGCACCUGUGGACAGUACGGAGCUCGAAGCAUGCCACAGACGAGCCAACUUGA